AAUAUAAAAACAUACAUUUAUGUUGUUUGAGUCUGCGAAAGACAAUUUUCGCCUCUAAGCCAACAGAUUAUAAAACAUUAAAAAUCAUCUAGGUGACACGCAAAUAUUUAUAAACAUAUUUUGCAAAUUAUGCCCGGUGACCGUAAAUGUAUUGUUCCCAAGUGUGGACAUUCUAAAUAUAAUACCCCUGAUAUGAAAUUGUACGGCUUUCCGAAGGAUCCGAAACUCAAACUUAAAUGGAUGGAAAAUAUAAAGGUAAAGAGAUUGUUUAAUAGAUACAGUUAUGUGUGCGGCAUACACUUCGAAGAAAAAGUGAGAUGUGAAGCGCGUCUUAAAAAGAAUGCCGUCCCCACAUUACAUUUGGGAUAUGAUGGACCAGUACCACACGAAUUCAUAAAACAUUAUACACCCGAACGCAAAUGUUGCGUUGAAAGCUGCAAAAGGAAAAAUUUGUACAAAAAUCGUAUAAUUUAUAGAUUUCCGAAAAACAUAGAUGAGAAAUACGCUUGGGCACAAGCUUGUAAGUUACCUCUUCCUUUACCGAGCAAAAAAAUUUAUAUAUGUGGGCGUCACUUUGAAGAGGAAUAUGUAACAAAAGUACGACUUUGUGCUGGAGCCUUUCCCAAAUUCUUCCUAACCGGCGAAGAUGACGAGGACGUAGAACAAAGUGAUGAAUCGAGUUACGAUUCAGAGGCAGUAAAAACUGAUGAAGGAAGCUUCGAUUCAGAUCUAGAGCUGACACCAUACCAAAAACAGAUUCGAAAGCUCAAUCGUGAAAUAGAGAUGUUAAGAAGCCGUAUUCUAUUUUUGGAAAGUAAUGUUAUUUAUCCACAACCAGAAGCAAGUGCCGAGUCCUUAAUUUUUGCAAGAAUGAUAUUGGGCGAUGAAGAAAUUGAUUAUACAGAUAAAGAAAAGGACCUUGCAAAAAAUUUAAGAAGUAAUAUAUCUUCAAUUGCCUAUAGAUUUAUGAAACAAGAGAUAGGGUGCAGAUUGCCAACGUUCACAGCAGCAGAAAUAUUCAGAUUUAAAAUAGAAAAAAAUGAUAGAAUAACCUAAAUUCAUUUCAAGAAACUCUAGAGGAACGAAAUAAAGUUAAACUUUGUUUAA